GGGGCGGGGCCUAACGGCCCGCCGAGUCCGAGGGCCUGGCGCGAGGAGAGCUUAGCGGGCCGCGCGGCGGAAGCGCAGGUGGUGCGAGGCGGUGCCGAAGGAUGUGUGGGAGAACAUCCUGCCACUUACCUAGAGAUGUUCUCACACGAGCCUGUGCCUAUCACGAUGGGCAGGGCCAGCAGCGGCUCCCCGAGUGGAAGGACCCCGACAAGUAUUGCCCCUCUUACAACAAGAGCCCUCAAUCAAAUAGCCCAGUGCUUCUGUCUCGACUGCACUUUGAGAAGGGUGCAGACUCAUCGGAGCGCAUCAUUGCCCCCAUGCGGUGGGGAUUGGUCCCAUCUUGGUUCAAAGAAAGUGAUCCUUCCAAGCUGCAGUUCAACACCACCAACUGCCGGAGUGACACCAUGAUGCAGAAGCGGUCCUUCAAGGUCCCUCUGGGCAAGGGAAGACGCUGUGUUGUUUUGGCAGAUGGAUUCUACGAGUGGCAGCGAUGUCUGGUGUCGAGCCAAAGGCAGCCAUACUUCAUCUACUUCCCCCAGGCCAAAGCAGAAAAGGAGGUGUCAUCAGCACUCCCAUCAGGAAGCAUUGGGGCCAUAAACAGUCCUGAGGACUGGGAGGAAGUCUGGAACAACUGGAGGCUACUGACAAUGGCCGGGAUCUUUGACUGCUGGGAGCCCCCAGAGGGAGGAGACCUUUUGUACUCCUACACCAUCAUCACAGUGGAUUCCUGCAAAGGCUUGAAUGACAUCCACCCCAGGAUGCCUGCCAUAUUAGAUGGAGAGGAGGCAGUCUCUAAAUGGCUUGACUUUGGUGAGGUCUCAACUCAAGAAGCUCUGAAGUUAAUUCACCCCACAGAGAACAUCACCUUCCAUCCAGUCUCUCCCGUGGUGAACAACUCCCGAAACAACACUCCUGAGUGUCUGGCUCCUGUCAACUUACUGGUCAAAAAGGAGCCCAAGGCAAGUGGCCGCAGCCAGAUGUUGAGGUGGCUGGCCACAAAGUCACCCAAAAAAGAAGAUCCUAAAACACCCCCAAAGGCAGAGUCAGAUGUGCCCCAGUGGUCCAGCCAGUUCCUGCAGAGGAGCCCGUUGCCCACCAAGAGAGGCAGUGCAGGACUUCUGGAGAGGUGGCUGAAGCAGGAGAAGGAGCAGCCCCCUGUGGCCAAGCGGCCUCACAGCCAGUAAUGCAGGACUUUCAGAAACCAAGGCCAUGAUUUGCUGCACUAAACGCCAUGCUGAUAACAGGUUCUUGCAUUGUGAAUGUGUGGAGGUGAUUUGGGGUGAGGUACACGAUGUUAGUUGAUAAUUGUGGGUGCAUCAGGGAAUGGCUGUCCUGGCUCUGAGCAGGAGCCCACAGUGGGUAGAUGGGCGGCCUGGGAUGAGGAGGGCUGGCGUAGCAGGGUGGUUUUGCCUGCAGCCCUCGUCUGCUGGGACUGGUAGAGCCUCCCCUGAAAGCCUGACUCUGCUGCAGUUCUUAGCCCUGACCUGACCUGGUGCUGCUACAGGCCGUUUCCUGCUCAGCCUUUAGGUGCUCUCAGCCUUUUGUAAUUAAGUUCUUAAAACACUGUAUUUUUAUUCUGAAUAAAUUAUAUUUGAUAAACUG